GCCUGGCACGGGCAGCGCCGCACGGCACCCACAGUCCUGGCAGCACCCUGGGUCUGUCUGCCACAGCUGGCAGGGGGCUGCUCCUCCCCAGAGGCAGUGCAGAGGGGCCAGGGCACAGCGGGGACGUUGGGGACCGGGACCUGCUGCCUCUGGGUGACAGGGACGAGCAGAGGCGGCUGUGACAGAGGUGGAGGUGGCUCUGAUCCAUUGAGGGGUAACCCAGCACGAAGCACAGCGCAGGCUGCCAUGGACGCGGCCCCGCCGCCCGCCAGCCCCGCCGGGCUCUCGGCGUACGUGGCCGUGUCGCAGCUCCUGGGCCUGACUCUCCUGGCCACCACGGGCGCCUGGCUGGGCCGAUUCCGCGGCGGGGUGGCCUGGAGCAGCCCGCUGCAGUUCAACGCCCACCCCCUCUGCAUGGUGCUGGGCAUGGUGUUCCUGCAAGGCGACGCUCUGCUGGUGUACCGGGUGUUCAGGCACGAAGCCAAGCGCUCCACCAAGGCGCUGCACGCUCUGCUGCACGGCCUGGCGCUGCUCAUCGCCCUGGUGGGCAUCAUCGCUGUCUUCGAGUCGCACCGGGCUAAGGGCAUCCCUGACAUGUACAGCCUGCACUCCUGGUGUGGGAUGGCCGCCUUCGUGCUCUACCUCCUGCAGUGGGUCCUGGGCUGUGGUUUCUUUCUGUUCCCCGGUGCCUCCUUCUCGCUGAGAGCACGGUACAAGCCCCAGCACAUCUUCUUUGGUGUCACCCUCUUCAUCCUCUCCAUCACCUCCUGCUUGUUGGGCAUUACUGAGAUGCUCCUCUUCAAAAUCAGUGAUUCCUACAGCCACUUUGUGCCUGAGGGCAUCCUGGCCAACACCCUGGGGGUGCUGCUGGUGGCCUUUGGGCUGGUGGUGGGCUACGUGCUGACACGGGAGGAGUGGAAGCGCCCACCACUGGCAGAGGAGCUGGCCCUUUCCAUGGACUUCAAGACCCUGACAGAGGGAGAGAGCCCUGGUGGUGGUGGCCAGUGACAUCCUCAGCUCCUGGUCUCCAGCUCCUGGGCUCCUCGUGGUGUCUGAGGUGUUCCUGUGCACCCUGUCCCUGGCGGUUUGUAUCUGCCCAGCCCAGGGUGACGAGGACAGCUGGAGAAACACGAGCUUGGUGCAACGCUGCCCGCUGGACUCGGCCUCGCUUGGCCUUUAUCAUCCUCAGCUCUGCCCUGUCCAGCCCCUGGUGACCCCCAAACCCAUCCCAGCCCCGUGGGAAUGGCAGCACUGUGGGCACGGCAGGGGCACCAAGGAGAGGGGCUCCGGGCUCUUCCCUGCCCUGGGGCUGCACUGGGAGCAGAGAUUUCUGCACUGUGGGCAGCCAAAGCCUGUUCCCGGUGCUGAGGGGAUGUUUGCCACCACUGGGAUGUCCCACUCACGGGCGAGCAGCCCCUCACACCCCAGCGUGGCCACGUCUGGGGGACGCUCCCCUAAAGGGCUCCCCGGGGGCUGGGAGUGACCCUGUGCCUGUGCAGGUGCAGCAGCUUCGUGUCUGAAGUGUUUUCUCCCCACGCGUGAUGUGUUUGCUCAGUGGAUGCUCCCCACCUAAUAAAUGUUUGCAGCUAA